AGGCGCUGAAGUCUGAAGCCGAGCAGACACCGGCCGGAGAGAAACCCGUGAUGAUGUCUGCCCCGUGCAUGUGCUCUCACAAUUUCAUUCCUUGAGACCCACUUCCGAAUAGGACGACCGUUGUUACGCCCAGAUCUUUGGUGAUAAUGAAGAAAUAAACCACUUUACAAUCACUCCGCCUCUACAAACUCUCUAAAAACCCCACAGGCCCCAGGAGUCAAAACGCCCCCCCUCCCAAAGACUUGCCACAUUUUGCCAAGCUUCUUUAAAAGGUGAUUUCCCAGACUCUGCCUUUACCAGCCAGCCAGCCGAAAAAGACCUUCCACCCCUGGCCCCUCGUUUGCUUUAUCAAAUGCCCAAAAACAGCAAGGCCGUCAAGAGAGAGCUUGACGACGAUGUCACAGAGUCUGUCAAGGACCUGCUUUCCAACGAGGACGCCUGCGACGAUUCCUUCAAGAAGAGCUCGCUGAUCGUCGACGGCCAGGACGGUGAAGGCAAGGAGUGCGAUGUGGAGGAAGGGGGCUCGGACGGAGAGGAGGAGGAGCGCCCGGCCUGGAACAGCAAGCUCCAGUACAUCCUGGCCCAGGUUGGCUUCUCGGUAGGCCUGGGUAACGUCUGGAGGUUCCCCUACCUGUGUCAGAAGAAUGGAGGGGGGGCGUACCUGGUGCCCUAUCUGAUUCUGCUGAUUCUGAUCGGCAUCCCGCUUUUCUUCCUGGAGCUUGCGGUGGGUCAGCGGAUCCGCAGGGGCAGCAUCGGGGUGUGGAACUACAUCAGCCCCAGACUGGGGGGCAUCGGCUUCGCCAGCUGCGUGGUGUGCUUCUUCGUGGCCCUCUACUACAAUGUCAUCAUCAGCUGGAGCCUCUUCUACUUUUCCCAAUCCUUCCAGCAACCUUUGCCCUGGCAUGAAUGUCCACUUGUCAAGAACAAGACCAGCACAUGUAAGAAAGAAGGGCCCGACGUGGUCCCAGAGUGUGAGAAGAGCUCAGCCACCACUUACUACUGGUAUAGAGAGGCCCUGAACAUCUCAGACAGCAUCUCCGAGGGCGGCGGACUCAACUGGAAGAUGACAGUGUGCCUGCUGAUUGCCUGGUCAAUGGUUUGCCUCGCCAUGAUCAAGGGAAUCCAGUCUUCAGGAAAGGUGAUGUACUUCAGCUCCUUGUUCCCGUACGUGGUUCUGAUCUGCUUCUUGGUUCGUGCUCUGCUCCUGAAGGGCUCUGUGGACGGGAUUCGACACAUGUUUACGCCCAAGCUGGAGAUCAUGCUGGAGGCCAAGGUGUGGCGGGAGGCGGCCACGCAGGUCUUCUUCGCGCUGGGCCUGGGCUUUGGCGGGGUCAUCGCCUUCUCCAGCUACAACAAACGCGACAACAACUGCCACUUCGACGCCGUCCUGGUGUCGUUCAUCAACUUCUUCACGUCCGUGCUGGCCACCCUGGUGGUGUUCGCCGUGCUGGGCUUCAAGGCCAACAUCAUGAACAGCAGAUGCGUUGCUCUGAACACUAAUAAAAUCGUGGCCCUGCUGGGGAACGGCAUUGACCCGACCCUCAUCCCCCGCCACGUCAACCUGACCCAGGUCAGCGCCGAAGACUACCACCAGAUGCUGGACAUCUUCAGAGGGGUGAAAGAGGACCAGUUCAGCACACUGGGACUGGAAUCCUGCAGCAUUGAGGACGAGCUCAACAAGGCAGUGCAGGGCACAGGCCUGGCCUUCAUCGCCUUCACUGAGGCCAUGACCCACUUCCCGGCCUCGCCCUUCUGGUCCGUCAUGUUCUUUCUCAUGCUGGUGAACCUGGGCCUGGGCAGCAUGUUCGGCACCAUCGAGGGAAUCCUCACUCCUCUGAUCGACACUUUCAAAGUCCGCAAGGAGUUUCUCACAGUGGGAUGCUGCGUGCUGGCCUUCUCCAUCGGCCUGCUGUUCGUCCAGCGCUCAGGGAACUACUUUGUGGCCAUGUUUGACGACUACUCGGCCACUCUGCCGCUGCUCAUCGUUGUGGUGCUGGAGAACGUGGCCAUCGCCUGGUUCUACGGGAUCGACAAAUUCUUCGAGGACCUGAAGGACAUGCUGGGCUUCACGCCGUACCGCUUCUACUACUACAUGUGGAAGUACAUCACGCCCAUCCUGCUGCUGCUGCUGCUGUGCUCCAGCUUCAUCCAGCUCAUGAUGACCCCCCCCAGCUACAGCGCCUGGAUCCAGGAGGAGGCGGCUGAGAGGACCCUGGGCUUCCCCCCCUGGGGCAUCGUGGUCUGCAUCUCCCUGGUUGCCAUGGCGAUCCUGCCCGUGCCGGUGGUCUUCGGCCUGCGCUACUUCAACCUCAUCGACGAGAGCGCGGGGGGGCUGUCGUCCGUCUCCUACAAGAAGGGCCGCAUCAUCAAGGAGAGCCCCCGCCCGGAGGAGGACGACGACGCCAGCCUGAUCGGGGGGAAGACCCCCAGCGAGGCGCCCUCCCCCCGGCCCCCCAACCGCACCCACCGCCCCCCCAGCGCCCCCCCCCCCCCGGGGCCGCCGGGGACACGGCGCCCAACGGCCGCUACGGCAUCGGCUACCUGAUGGCCGACGCCCCGGACAUGCCCGAGUCGGACCUAUAGACGGUGACCAGCGCCCCCCCCUCCAGCCCCCCCGCGUGCGUUUAGUCAUCACUGUACAUUUCUGUUUGGUUUCUGUAUAUUCAGUGUAGAUAGCCGCUCUGUCGUUGGUCAUCUCUGACCAUUACACGCCCGCGCAGCCCCGAAGGAGAGAACCGGCCGCGGACAAAAGGCCGGCGGGGGGGGGGCAGCACUUCACCCCCCCGCCACCAAGAUUCUGCCAAGACCAGUCCACAAAGAAGCCAGCAAAGGAAUUCCAGGAGGCGUUCUCGGGACUGAGUCCGUUGGCGUGCUAGUCCAGCCAGUCCUGCUGUGUCCGUGGUGUACAUGUGACCAUAGGUUAGUCCAGAUUUACCCGUUUUUUGGUUCUGGCCCGAGCUAGUGGAAGGCCUUUGAAUUCCAUUCCCGUGAUUUUCAAAACACAAAACGUGUGCCUAAUUUAUAUUUGUUUAUAGAAUACGCCAUCGUUGUACAUUUGAGGUAUUCUGUAAAUAUAAUAUAAAUAUUAUAAAUAAUGUUAUCUUGACAGUUUGGAUAUCAGAGCAGUGUUUUUAAGGUUCAGAAGGACUUUAUAACUCUCUUGUCUCUCUUUCAUUUCUUUUUUCUUUUUUUUUACUAAAGUCCUGUCA